AUGCAGACUCUGUCGUACGUUCUCGCAGCUGCGGCUGUGAUCGCCGGCACAGCUGCGCAGACUCACCAGCGUCUGGGUGGUUGCCCGGAUCUCGGCUGUGUCUUCCCCCCUGACCAGGCAGACUUCCUCGCCGGUCAAUUCUUCGACAUCCGACUUGAGGUCCACUCGCCUGUCAAUGGUACUGAGGCCCGUGUUGGCGAACCAGACCCUAACUUCACAUUCACCAUCUCUAAGAAGGGAGGCAAAGCUGUCCCUGUUACCAAGUUCUUCAAGAUCCAAGAGCCUGAGCUUGAGCGAUGGGACUUCACGUGGUAUGAGGACCGUUUUGCGGAGGACGCGAAAACACCGUCCUUGGUCAAUGUCACCUCCAAGAUCUAUCGACGUGUGGCACUGUAUGAGCCGGGAGAGUAUGAGGCGACUCUGAACUACUACGGAACCCAGAAGACCGUUGCCAACUGGCUCGUGCGAAAGAUGCCUCACAAGCGUCGCGCGAAGAACGUCAUUCUCUUCGUCGGGGAUGGUAUGACCACCAACAUGAUCACUGCCGCUCGUCUCAUUGCUCACAAGAGCAUCAAUGGGAAAUACAUGUCAAAGAUGGCAAUGGACAAAUUUCCUGUUCUAGGCCACCAGAUGACCCACAGCAUGGACUCCUUCAUCACCGAUUCCGCAAACUCCGCGACAGCCCUUUACACCGGUCACAAGACCACCGUGAAUGCCUUGGGCGUGUACGUCGACUCCUCCAAGAAUCCCUUCGAUGACCCCAAGUUCGAGACCAUUGCCGAAAUCUUCAAGCGUCAACACCCCCACGCUGGAGUUGGUAUUAUCUCGACAGCCUUCUUGGCCGAUGCUACUCCUGCGGGUUUGGCCGCUCAUACCAGCAAGCGUGGUGAGUACGACCACGUCAUUAGUACCUUCUACGAGGGCUUAACCAACUACACCUGGACCCAGUGGGGUGGCCCCGAUGUUCUUUUGGGCGCUGGUGCUGAGAACUUCCUCAAGUCCGAGGAGGCCAAGCGAGAGUACUACAAUCUGUUUGCCGAGAAGCAGUACAAGAUUGCGCUCAACAAGACCGCCCUGCAGCAGGCUCCCAACGACCAGAAGCUUCUGGGUGUGUUUUCCAAGUCCAACCUCCCCACCUGGCUGGACCGCAACGUCUACACUGCCAACCUCUUGAACAAGACCAACGCACCCGACGGCUCUGGCCGCGAUGCCGAGGAUCUUCCAGGACUGAAGGACAUGACUCUGAAGGCCAUCGACGUCAUGCAGCACCGCAACAGCAAGGAUGGUUGGUUCAUCAUGUCCGAGGCCGCCAGCAUCGACAAGCAGAUGCACACCUUGGACUACGACCGUGCUCUGGGCGAGCUCCUUGAACUUGAUGACACCAUCAGCGCCACUAUCGAGAAGCUCAAGCAGCUCGGUGAGCUGGAGGACACUCUGAUCAUCGUCACUGCCGACCACGGCCACGGCUUUGAUGUCACCGGCUCCGUCGACACCAAGUACAUGGAAGCCCAGAAGGAUGAUCGUAGCAAGCGCAAGGCCAUCGGCUACUACGAGAACUCCGGUCUGUCCCAGUACACCAUCGACGGACCCAACUCCCUUCGCUAUUCGGAAGGUGUGCAUUUCCCCAGCCAAUGGGAUCCUCGCUACACUCUUCACGCUGGCGUGGGAGCCUUCCCUGACCACCGCGAGAACUACGAGGUGCACAAGGAGGGCCCGCGCACCCCCGCCGUCUCAAGCAAGGAUAAAACGCUGGGCUACGUCGCCAACUACAAAGACGCCGUCACUGGGUUCUUGAUCAAUGGAACCCUGCCCGUGGAUGCUGCUCAGGGCGUCCAUUCUCUGACCGAUGUGCCCGUUUUCGCACAGGGACCAUGCCAGGAGCUGUUCAGUGGAGUUUACAACUCCAUCGACAUUUUCUUCAACAUGGCCGAGUGCCUGGGCCUGGCGGAGAAGAAAAAAUGA